AUGACCCCUGACGUCACUCUGCACAACAAUCCCUACCUCACACCCUACCCCACAGAGUCCACCGGAACCUGUGAUCCAACUCUCAAUGUGAACUUCAAUCUUGAACUUACAGGGAAAACCUUUCCUGAAUCCAAGGCCAGCAAGCGUGCAGGUGCCCAGUGCACCAACUGCCAGACAACCAUCACGGCAGUGUGGCGGCUGAAUGCUGAUAGAGACCCCGUGUGCAAUGCCUGCGGCAUUUAUUACAAGCGACACCAGGUGAACCGACCACGGACCAUGCAGAAGGGUGGUAUAAAGUCUAGAAAACCAAGGCCAUCACAGAAAGAAAAGAAGCCAGUGUCGAGCCUGGAAGGCUCAGGACCAGCUGAUGCUCCAGCUGGUGGCUUCAUGGUGGUGGCUGGGGGCAGCGAUGGUGGGAAUUGUGGGGAAGUGCCCUCAGGCUUGAGAUUGGGCCCACCUGACACUGCCCAUCUCUACCAAGGCCCGGCCCCCGAGGUGCUGUCAGGGCCUGUCAGCCACCUCAUGCCUUCCCCCGGGCCCCUGUUGGGUUCACCCAGAGGCGCCUUCCCCACAGGCCCCAUGCCUCCCACCACCACCAGCACUGUGGAGGCGCCACUCAGCCCAUGAGGACACAGCAUGGCCUCAGAGCAGGGGUAGGGUCCCUCUCCGCGUGGAGCCAGAAGUUUCUACAACCCAACCUCUGGGCCCCCCAUAGCCCUUGGUCUGGACUGUCAAUGAUUUGUAAAAUAAAUCAUCAGA